AUGCUGAAUUCCAUGCCCUUCCUCUCUGGGCUCAGUGAUGGCACUCUACCCGUCACGGCGGGGUGGAUUGCCCUGAUCUGGUACGCAUUCAUUCUGGCAGUUUGCGCCUUGGGCUAUUUCCAGAUAUGGAAUUAUUUCCUCAGCCAACCGCUCAAAUCCCCACUAGCGAACGCCGCCGACGCACCACACGUCACCGCCAUUCGGCCCGUCAAAGGCCUCGAGCCACACCUGUACGACUGCCUCGCCGCAACCUUCAGACAGGACUACCCGCACGACAAACUCACCAUCUGCCUCUGUGUCUCGGCUCGCGAUGAUCCCGCCCACCCCACGCUCCGCAAACUCAUCGCUGAUUUCCCCGAUGUCGACGCGCGCAUUCUCAUCGAAGAAGAGGAUCCGCUCCUACAAGACGACAAUGCGUACAGUCUCGGUCCGAAUCCCAAGAUCCGGAAUAUGAGCCGCGCUUACCGUGAAGCGAAAGGCGAUAUCGUCUGGAUCAUCGAUUGCAAUGUCUGGGUCGGAAAGGGCGUGUGUGCCCGCAUGGUGGACAGACUAUGCGGAACCGGUGCCACGCCAGGCAAAAAAUACAAAUUCGUGCACCAUCUGCCUGUGGCCGUUGAUGUGACGGGAGAAAAUAAUAUGCGGGCAGAGCGGCAGGCACUCCUGGACGCCAGUCAAGCCGCGGGCGAAGCUGCGAUGCCUUCUGUUCGUCCGGAAGAUGGGCCUGCGGCGAUGGUUUCUGCGGGAGGCGGUCGUCUGGAAGAGCUGUUUCUGUCGUCUGCGCAUGCAAAGAUGUAUACUGCUAUCAAUACGGUUCUUGUUGCGCCCUGCAUUGUGGGGAAGUCCAACAUGUUCCGUCGAUCACAUCUCGACUAUCUCACUAGUUCUCCGGCUGCACAGCAUGAAACUCGGCAUCCUGGCAUUGACUUCUUCUCUGAUAAUAUCUGCGAAGAUCAUCUGAUCGGUGAUCUACUUUGGAAAAAGCAGGUGCGGGAGGAGAAAGAACUACGGGAGCGAUGGGGGAAACAUGCAAUGGUUUUCGGCGAUUUGGCUAUUCAGCCUGUCGCCAAUAUGAGUGUGCCUGCAUACAUUGCCCGUCGGGUUCGAUGGCUGCGUGUCCGCAAGUUCACCGUUCUCCUCGCUACGCUCGUCGAGCCAGGUACCGAGUCCCUGUUGUGUACUCUAUACGGUGCUUUCGGUGUCACGACUGCAUUGGCCCCGCAUUUGGAGAAGAAGGGCAUCCAAUAUGCCUCGCACCUGGGAUCGUGGACCGCUUUUCUUGUGCUAUUUGCCUUGGGCAUGAUCUUCUGGAUCUUGGUUGACUGGACUUUGUAUAUCAAGCUGCAUUCCGCAAGAUGCAUCGAAGUAGAUGAUGACACGCCGUCUUUCGCACGUCCACAGCGAUACCGGUCUCAAACAACACGACGCCCGUUCAAACAGUGGUUCGCCGCCUGGCUCGGCCGUGAACUCCUCGCUCUGCCAAUCUGGGUUAGGGCCGUAUACGGCGGCGUAACAGUCGUCUGGCGAGACCGACGUUUCAAAGUUGGCUUCGAUGCCAAAGUCCGUGAAAUCGAUCCAGCUACCCCACCCACCGCAGCUUCAUCAACCGGAGUGGCAGGCAAGGUCCGCAGUGAUUGA